GUUUAAUAUUUUAUGUAGGCCCUUCAUUCCUUGAAUCUAUAGCAAAAUGAUGAACCAUUGUUAUGAGGAGGAGAAUCAAAAUUCUUUGUAUAUGGAGCAAAAGCAUAGUGAGAAAGGUGUUAUUAUGAGCAAACUCAUUGCGGAGCUAGUAGAGAACAUUGAUUCCAUGAAAAGAAGUAUGUUGGAAAUGCAAAACAAAUAUGAUGUAUCGUUGAACAUAACCAAGAAGUUGAUGGGCGACAGAGAUACAAUGCACGAGGAAUGUCACACAGAAUUACAACAGUUGAAGGUCAUGAACUAUAAUCUAAGUCAAGAAAUGGAAUGUAUAAAGAAAGAGCAUGAGAAGAUCAGCAAGGAACUGAAGGAGAAUAAGGCCCUAAGUGAUCUGCAGCAAAAGAAUUUUACGGAGGCAAUUCAAAAGAAUGUAAUGGAAAUUAGCUCUCUUCAAUUCGCUGCUCUGAAGCAACAAAAUGACUAUGAAAAUGUAUUGAAACAAGCUGAAGAACUAAAGGAGAAAAAUGAACAGCUGAAUGCUAAAAUCAUUCAGCUUGAAGAGCUAGAACAUCAAGAAGAAAGUGACGAUGAAGACGAUUAUAGUAGUGAUGAAUGACAAGAAUGCAACGGAUCGAAAAUAUCUUCAAACAGCUAUCUGGGCCAACUGAAAGUUUAUAAAAAAUAUGAAGAAUUAGACUUUAGAUUAUUUGUGUUGCAUGUUCGGUAAAUCUGUGUUGUGACCUUGCAUAGCUAAAUGAUCAACACAUCUUGUAGCUUGGCUAUUAAUUAUGAUUUAUGAUGGUCUAAUUCCAAUCUAUUAAAGU